AUGUCAGCACGUGGUGGUAAGGGAGCCGGUAAGGUGAGAGCCAAGGCGAAGAGCCGUUCAUCCCGUGCCGGGCUCCAGUUCCCGGUGGGUCGCGUCCACAGACUGCUGAGGAAAGGGAACUAUGCACAGCGGGUGGGUGCCGGAGGCCCGGUCUACCUGGCGGCGGUGCUGGAGUAUUUGACCGCUGAGAUCCUGGAGCUGGCUGGAAACGCUGCCCGGGACAACAAGAAGACCAGGAUCAUCCCCCGGCACCUGCAGCUGGCUGUCCGCAACGACGAGGAGCUCAACAAGCUGUUCGGAGGAGUCACCAUCGCUCAGGGCGGCGUGCUGCCAAACAUACACGCUACUCUGCUGCCCAAGAAGACCGAAAGACCCGCCAAGAUCAAGUAG